AAUCGUCCUGGAGCCUUCCUCUUGUCAAGUAUGCUGGUGCAGUAAAAGUUGAGGCUGGUUUUAGGAGAAUAUGUCGACAAAUACCUCUGAGUGACACAAUGUUCAGGAAAAUCACCUGGAGGAACACAGUUAGCAACGCAGUGAGUUUCCACCAAGACCAAGCCCUGAACACAACUAUAUUUCUCCUGAAGUCCUUCGGACCUACAGGAUUCCUGCUCAGAGAGGAGGGAGAGGCCAAAAACUUCAAGGUGUGCUUGGGUAACCCACAUAACUGCACAUGUCCUGUGUUUACAAGGGAGCAGGAGCCAUGCAAACACAUCUGCUGGGUUUUACUACGGAAAUUCAGGCUGCCCAGAGAACAUGAAUAUUCAUUCCAGCCUGGACUUGUGGAGAGACAGAUCUUGGAGGUGCUCCAUGGUUUACACCAAGCCAAAGCCCACCGGAUGGAAAAUGAUCCGUUUGCUGCUUCGGGAACCCUGAGCCAACCUGCCACGGGCGGGGAUGCUGGAAGUGUGUGCCGGAAAGUUAUCGAAGGCCAGGAUGUGUGUCCUAUCUGCCAAGAGGAGCUGCUGGAGAAAAAACAGCCUGUGUGUUACUGCAGGUUUGGUUGUGGCAACAACAUCCACAUCUCCUGCAUGAAGGUGUGGGCAGAUCACCAGAGACUCUCAGAUGAAGAGGAAACAGUGAAGUGCCCGCUGUGCAGGGAGGAUUUCAGCUCUUUGAAGCUGCUCCAGGAGCAGGUGAGAAACACAGCCCAGCUCUUCACUGCUGCAGAAAGAGAGAAGCCAGAGAGACACCUGGGAGUUCUCUGUAACAGCUGUCUGGUCUGCCCAGUCAUCGGCAAAUGUUUCAAAUGUACAGUCUGCAGUUACUUCUAUCUCUGUGAAGACUGUAUAAAGAAGGGCUGUCACCAACAGCAUCUAUUCACCUCUCGAGCAAAAAGGAAAGAAAUGUGGCACCUUGUGGAAGACUUGAGUGACGAACCAACCGGCGCAAGCUGUCCUUCAUUAAAUGACAGCGUCAUCCCAGUAGCUGCGGACCUUCUUCCAGAAAACAUCCUGGCCUGUCUUCCUACAGUCAAGGUGAGACCCAGGUCUCGGCUCUUAGAUGUAGGGCUGCAGUGUCGCAUCUGCCUGCAAGACUUUAACCUGGGCCAGCAUGUCCGAACUCUGCCCUGCCAUCACAAGUUUCACAUCGAUUGUGUGGACAGGAUCCUGCUGAAGACCAACUGCUGCCCCUUGGAUGGAUUUGUCAUUUAUAAUCCUUUGACUUGGAGAAGUAGUGAAAGGAAGACUCCAGCUAAGUUGGCCUCCUGCCUUUACAGUGAGCAUGCAAAACCAGCAGAAAAUAACUUAAAGGACCUGUUUGUUCCUGGAGUGGCACUUAGAAAUUCAAACACCAAAGUCUCUCCUACUCAUGGUUCUCUGAACCUAGCGGUGCGUUUACUUACUUUAAACACAACGACACAGAAGGAGUCAAUUGACAGAAAAAGUGAUUUGCAGAGAAAACAAACUCCUGAGAACAGCCCCUUUUCUGUAGGUAAAUGUGACUCAAAAUCAUCAUCAAAAACAAAACACACUCUUGUUUCACCCAAUCAGUGUCCUGCAGUGACAAAUAUCAGAGAUCAACCUGGGCCAAACCUUUUUGUAGGAUUAUGCAGACCAGAGUUAGAUCUCACAGCUGCAGUGGGCUCUCCUGCAAGGCGAACGAGGCUGCAGCCCAAAAGGACAAGCGCAGCAAAUAUAAAAGAUACUAACAGGCUAAUGUCAGAGCUAAGAAUGACUGGAGUCCUGAUAAAAACACAGCAGCAAUGAAAGACAGAAACAUCGUUUUUUUAAUGUCUAAUCUUGGAUAGGAAGAAUUUAACGGGUUAAAGCUGCACUGAUUUAUAUAUGUAAACAUUCAUAAAAAAUCAAUAUACAUGUGUGACUGUUAAUUCAAAAAUUUGCAAAUCUGUG